AUGUCCUCCCAAACCUACGUCAACCACACUCAAGUUACUCCUGGCGUAACUUGGGACCACAUUACUACCAAUUGGCAAGCUCUCACUGCAACAUCGCGUCUCACAUUUACAGUCGCUGUCAUUUGCACCGGAGCGUACAUCAUCUCCAUCGUCAAAGAGCUCUACUUCUCGCCGUUAUCUUCAUUCCCUGGUCCGAAACUUUGCGCAGUCUCUCGGAUUCCCCAUCUCAUUGCCACAGUUCGAGGACGCCAGCUUCCAUGGCUGAUUAAACUCCACAACCAAUACGGCGGUGUCGUCCGUAUCGCCCCCGACGCCCUCACUUUCACAGACGAGCGUGCUUGGUUCGACAUCUGCGGCGCCACCAAAGCAGCCAAAGAUGGCAUGGCCAAAGACCCUCGUCUCGCAGCCCUCGUGGGAGGCGACCUUGUCAAUCCCGACCCCGCGAAGCCACGAUCUCAACAGACGCACAGUCUCAUGCGCAAGGCAAUGGUGCCGGCUCUAAAGCGCGAUAACGUCAAGAAGAUCGAGGGCAUGAUCAAUGGCCACAUCGACGAGUACCUUUCCUUUAUGGAGUCCGCCAAUGGUGCCGCUAUCGACAUGCGCGACAUGAACAGCUUUCUGAUUUGCGACCUCAUAGCGGAUUUGUUUCUCGGCGAGUCUCUCCAUCUCUUCUCGGACCCAAAGUUCGUACCUUGGGUGCAUUCUUUCGACCGGUUUGCCAAGGGUGUCACAAUCCUAGCCGUCUUGAACCGGUUCCCGUUUCUUCACAAGAUUCUACUUUUUGCCGUUCACAAAUGGGGAAGCGGCGAGCGUGAGUCUUUCAUGGCUCCAAUCUUUGAACGCUUUGAUCGCCGUGUCGCCCUUUCAGCAGCGAGGCAUGACAUGCUACAGAUGGUCUUGGAUGGAGAGUCUGAAACCGGCGGACGACAAGGAACGAUGCCUCUAGAGCUGCUGAGGGAAUUUGCUCCAUUCCUGAUGCUUGGUGGUUGCGAGGCCAUGCCGACUGUACUCACAGGAUUCGUCUAUUUUGUCUCGCGUGCGGAAAACCGCGCUAUCAAGGAGCGCUUGCUUGAGGAGGUCAGAACUAUGUUCAAAACCGAGGCGGAUAUCACCAUGGACAGACUCAGCAGUUCUCAAAAGGAUCUGCCUUACCUAGAGGCAUGUCUGCAAGAGUCAAUUCGGUGCUACUCGCCAGCGGCAACUGGCACAGAUCGCUGCGUUCCUUUAUCGGGAGCUCAGAUUGCGGGUAAGUUCGUACCUGGGAAUACUGUUGUCAUGAUGCUGCAUCAGGUCACCUACUCAGUGGAGCGCAACUUUGCCAGACCUGAGGAAUUCGUUCCUGAUCGAUGGCUCCCGGAUGAUCGAGGACGACCAAAAGACUGUCUAGGCGAUAAGAAAGGAAGCGUGCACCCCUUCUCAGUUGGACCCCAGUCGUGCUUCGGCCAAGAGUUGAGCUUUUAUGUUCUACGCAUGACCCUGUGUAAACUGCUGUUCAACUAUGACGUAGCCUUGGACGCUGCGUCUGAAAAUUGGCUGGAUCACCAACUCACUUAUAGCACACGGUCGAAGCCGCCUCUAAUGGCAGUCAUCAAACGGGCCAAGACGAGUUGA